AGCUGACAUGGUAGUGGUGUUGCUCUGAAUUUUCGCUUCACUGCGACCGACGAGAAAGCUUCUGCAUUUGCCCGUGCCAAAGCAGCACAGCAAACCCAGAGUCGGUGCGCUGCAGUUCGGACGCGUUAUAUUUUUUUCAAUCGCCUGCUUUCGAGUGUCCGCGGUGUGUGUACUAUUUUGACUGCGAGUGAGUGAAUUUGCGACUUUUUCGACUGGUGAAACUAAUGCAAUUUUCAAGUUAACUAGAUUGGUGGCAUAAUUUUUUUGGUGGAAGAUUUCUUGCCCCAGUGUCAACAGUGAAGUGUGCUGACGAGAGAGAGAAAAAAAAACAUGUUUUGAAACUGUUUUUUAGUUCGGAUAAAUUUUGGAUGCUUGCGACGACGGUGUAGGAUGAAGUGAAAUUUUCUGGAUGUUGCGAGCUAAAAUGGAAGUGCCCCAUCAUUCGCUGGACUAAUAGCAGGGCGAAGAAGCAGCUGAAUCGGUGGAUUAUGUGAAUGUAAGGAUCGUUGAAAUUUGCUCAUAAAAUAAGGAUUCAUUAAUACUGGGGAAGAUUACCUAUCGCAACAAGUAUAGUGAAAAAAAAACAACGCAACCAGAAGUCAACCGCCAGAGCUUGAUUCUAACGCCAAAACAACCAACGACCAGCGUCGAAACACGGGUUUUGUAGUGAAGUGCAGUGUCAAAACGUGAUGUGAUAGAGGUUUUGGUUCGGAUGAGUUUCGGAAAGUGGUUUGAGUGUUGUGUGUGUGAUUGAAGGAAGGAAGCUAUCCAAUUUCGGCCAAAGUAGGAAAGGGGUUUACCGAGCCGAUCAGAACAAGUGACGACAGCCUAGCCGGACCGUUACCCGUUAUUGUCCCACGCGAUAAUGGGGCGGCCUGAACGGUAGUGAGCAAAUGAUGAAUGAUUUUUUCGGCCGGUGGUCACUUGAAGAACAACGUAAUUUCGGCCAUUCCCAUUGCACCGCUGUGGAUGUAGUUGAGAGCUGAUAGCACGAUGAACGUAGGACAGCACAGCGGUCCCGGACCGCCACUGAACCGCAGCGGUUGCUCGGAUCGCUCGGUUACCGGACCUUCCUGUCGGGCACUGCGUACGGCUGUGUCCGCACUGUACUGCCUGGAUGACUUCAUCCGGGAGAAAAUCGGAGCCGGAUUCUUCUCGGAAGUGUACAAGGUAACACAUCGUACGACUGGUGAUGUGAUGGUGCUGAAGAUGAAUCAACUUCGAGCGAACCGACCGAAUAUGCUGCGAGAGGUACAGCUGCUGAACAAACUGUCGCAUCCAAACAUUCUAAGGUUCAUGGGCGUCUGCGUGCAGGAAGGCCAAUUGCACGCCCUCACCGAAUACAUCGAGGAUGGUUCGCUGGAGCAGCUGAUUGCCAACAGCGCCGUAUAUCUUUCGCCACUGUUGAAGAUACGCCUUGCCCUCGGAAUAGCCCGGGGGAUGCAGUACGUUCACGACGUUGGCAUUUUCCAUCGGGAUCUGACGAGCAAGAACGUACUUGUAAAGCGGACAGCGGACGGAAUGUUCGACGCUGUGGUCGGUGAUUUUGGACUGGCAGCCAAUAUCCCGCGGAAGUGUGGUAAACCACGACUGGACACGGUAGGGUCACCCUACUGGAUGAGCCCCGAGUGCUUGAAAGGGCAAUGGUACGAUCAGACCAGUGACGUGUUUUCCUACGGGAUCAUCCUCUGUGAGCUGAUCGCUCGGAUCGAGGCUGAUCCUGACAUAAUGCCAAGGACUGAUUCGUUUGGGCUGGACUAUAUUACGUUCGCCGAUUUGGCCCCGAACGACACGCCACCGGCGUUUCUAAGACUGGCUUUCUAUUGUUGUACCUAUGAUCCAAAGAGUCGCCCCACAUUUACCGAGUGCAUCAAGAAAUGCACGUUGCUGUCGGACGUGUGUGAGGACAGCUACAGUCAUCAUCAGCAGCAGCAACAUCCUCACCACAGGCAUAGUAUAAGCAAUGGCACUAACCCGAGUACCGCUCCUUCUUCCCAUUCGCCCAGCAAUGGCAGCUGUUCUUCGGCGGCAACACAACCAACAUCAACAUUGACCUCGUUCCCUUCUGUACAUAAUAGCAGUAAUAACUCUAGCGUUAGUAACUCAUGCAACGGAACCGCAUCGGUCGCCUUGACGGCCGGGGUCGGAAAACGGAAUUCAAUUGAUCUGGCGACUGGCGAACCGAGCCCUGCCGGCAAGGAGAUUCUCAGCCGUGAAAACAGUUUGAACGGGGAUCGCGACGCAGAUAAUCCAAUGCACCACAGAAGAUCCCUAUCGGAGAACGUCAUCGUUUUUCCACCUCACACCACUCCCAGCGAUAAGGCACGGUAUCACAUGCACCAGCGAACAUCCGGUAGCAGCAAGCUAGCGGAAUCCGUUAUCCCCGAGUCGCCUACCUAUUCGAACCAAACACUGCGGAAGGUGGCCGAAACGAUGCUGCUGAAGGAUCCGCAGUACAAACCACGAUCCAAAACCGAUCAGGGUGGUCCACUGAAAGCAAAUCCGUUCGCUGCCCUGUCACAAUUGAAGGGAGUUAAAAAGAUCCUAGGGCCGAAUCCGGCAGUAACAACGUACAGUUCCGGUGAUUUGUUUAGUUCGUGUUUCGAAAUGUCCGCACCGUUGUUGCGUGAAUGGAGCAUAGUUCAAAGCAGAACGGCAAAAAAUCGAGACGGUGUUAGUAGUGGCGGUAGCAGCUCCGAAAGUCAACCGAAGAGUUUACCCAGUUCACCGACGUCACCCCGGAAAGAGUAUUGCGAUGAGGAAAUGGAUACUGUCGUUCUAAGGCUGAAGAACAAACCCAAACCAACGGAACCGUUGGAACAGAACGGAUCCAACGACGACAUGGGGGUCAAUGGGGCAGGCUACAGUUUUGCUCGGAAAAUUUCGCUUGGCGGUUCGGCAAUCAAGAAAUUUCGCGCCAAUUUCACAGAACUUUCUAGUCACCCUCUGUACAAGAGCGGCGCAAUCGAGACUGAAUCCAACAAUACGAACGGUGAGCAAACGGUGGCCACGAGCGCCAACACCGACAGUGGCACCGAGGAAGGUGGAAACGAUACGAUACCUCCAGUGAUCAACGGAAGCACGAACGGAAUUAAAAAGUCAUCCUCGACCAUGAUGGGCGAAGGAAUUUUGGAAACGCCUAGGAUAUUGACCAGAAGGGGAUCGACCGAGAGUGGAUUUUUUUCCUGUCUAAACGAAGACUUCAGUACGUACCGGUCACCGCAGUGUAGUUGCAUGGAAAAAGGUAAUUUCGAAUCGUCGGAACGGCUGCCAGUGUGCCGGUGUGUGUACGGGGGCGUAAACAAUUUGGCCGCUAGAUUGGAAGAUCUCGAACUGUCGUCCAAUCAGACACUAAACGAUAGUUCCAGUGUGCUGCUGUUCGAUGAUUCAUCGACCAAUGUGAGUUCGUUGCGAAGCAUGGAUGACCUGGAACUGUCGGACUCAAUCCGUAAAAAAUUCAACUAUCGACACCACGUGCUCAGUAACGUAGACAUAGAUGCGCGAUCGAUCGAUAUGGGACUGAUCAACAGGCUUGCCCUGGAUUCGGAAAUCAACAGCAUGAUCCAGAAAAAUCAAUUUACAAAUCAGUUGCUUUACUGUAAAAAUCGUUCUUCGUCAAUUUUCACCGAUAGCUCGGAUGACAUUAGCUCUUUGGCAGGUUCGGAUUCGCUACUGUGGGACGAUCGAUCAUUCGCAACGAUCCCCAACACACGAUCGGCCCAGAUUGCCAAAAUCGUCGAAUACUUCGAACGCAAAGGACAAACCUUCAAACCAUUCACAGUACCUGAUUCGGCCUUCGGACUAUCCGCUGGUCAUUCCGGCUCGUCCACCUCGUCCACAUCGUCCUCGGCUUCCGGUGCGCACCAUCCGUUCCAGUAUCAUCAUCUACAUCGGGCCGGUAGCAACGGAACGGCCGAUUCUAUCCGACCACCGUCCAAUGGUUUCUGUAAAUUUCCAACCGCUGCCGAACUUCGCCAUCGUUCGGAGUACGAAGCGUUCUGUUUGGAUCUGGAACGAAAACAACCGAACUCAGCUGGUAUUCAAUCACACUACCAUUACCAUAAUCAUCCUCAACCGCAGCAGCAGCAGCAACAGCAGCAGUCACAAGCGCACCAUCGAUUGAACAACAUUUGCGAAGGAAACGUCCGCUCGAAGCUACAGCUUUUCGACAAAAUGAAACAACAGAAUGGUACCUGCGGACAACAGCCAGCGUCCAAUUCCGGUAGCUGUAAUAGCAUCAGCAGCAGUAGCAACAGUUGUGGAACCGGGUCGUCCAGUGGGACCUGUAAUGGAAACAGUAGCCAGUAGAUCGAUCGGGCGACGGACGGAUUCAUCAUCAACCUCAUACAAGCGUGUCAAACACAUACGUUGUGAUCAAUUGUAGGCCAAUUUUCGGACACUUUUCAGUUCCAUUGGCGAGGGAUUGUGGAUAAACAUUCGAUAACGAACAAAUCAGUUCAUUUUUGUUCUGCUUCAUGUAUGAAUUUGGACAAUGCUCUCGUGUGUAAAUUGGUUCCGUUCUGACAAUUUAGCUGAUUGAAUGUGGCCGCUUACCGCAUCCUUAUCAGUUGAUUAAAGCCAGUACCGGCGGCAUUGAGAAGUAACGAUGUUACGAAAUCAUCUACCGCAUUGAAAUAAAAAUUUAAUGUGGACAAUGGGCAAUGCUAUCAGUUCAAUAAUCACGAGUGGUAAAUUGAUUGCAUGCGAAUUGAUAUUGGCAAACACUUGGCAAUGACUUUUAAACUGUUUUCAUUGACGAUGUCGAAUCGCGAAAUAUGUAACGAGAGUUUGAGCCUUUACAUGUUGAUUUUUAAUUCCCUUUUAUUUACUUCUUUAAACGAAUGAAGUUUUACAUACUUUUCGAUACGCAGAACGCAUAAGUCAACAACAGUUUUGAGUAACCUUUCCAAUAAUAUUUAUAUCAUUCUUGCUUCAGAACCCUGGGUAAUUUCUUCAAACGAACUGCUGUCACAAAACUGAGUAGGCUUCGUACUGAACAGCGAUGGCAAUUGACUAGAUUUGACAACAGCAAAAAAGAAUUGUAAUAAUUUCGAAAUGAAAUGAACAUCAAAUUCAAUAAUUUUCUGUUUUUAAGAAAUAUUCCAUUACAUCACCCUAACUGAAUACUAUAUAUGAUGUUGAUAUGAAAUUAUGCUUCUUUUCAGGUAAUAUUACACCAAGAUUGUUGCGAUAUUCGCCCUUAUUCUGAACAACGACGUAUUGAUUUUUCGAUCGAAUGUGGUUCGAUCGAAUCAUAGCUACCUUUGAUUUUGCUAGCGUUAUGAGGAAUACAAAUGAAAUACGAGCGAAAAAACGAUACGACGUUAUUCAGAAUAAGGGCGAUUAUAUCGCAAUCGCUGCACAUCAGUAGUAAGUAGUGAUGUGCAGCAAUUUUGAUGUAAUAUCACAAAUGUGUUGGUGUCGUUCUAAAGGUUGUAAUAUUACACGAAAAGAUGCAUAAUUUCCUAUCAGAAUCGUCUAAGUAUUCAUUCAAGCUGAAGUAAAAUACUCAAUACAUUGUUUCGAUGUCAUAACAUGUGAUUUAUCUGCAAUAUUAUUACAUUUGAUGUUUAGUGCGUCUAAUUUUUUCUCACAUCGAUUGAUAAUCACAUCGAGAGUAUUAAAAUUCUUUUUUUUUGCUGUGUAGGAUUAGGUUGAGCGCGAACUAAAUUUAACUUUCUCGAUUGAGCAGAACAGCGGGCCACUGUGAAGAUUGAUAUUCCUCCCAACAAAAUUCAGUUUAUAUUAGAGGCAUACAUAAGUUGCGAUUUUUUUUCGAAAUUUGAAACUUGAUUUACAAAAAAUGGUUACUACUUUUCCCUUUUGUUUUUGGCAAUUCACGGAUAUAUUUCCUUUAAAAAUUCGACCGGUUUGGACAAAAUCAACGAAUCGAUCAAUUUUUUGACUUCAUCAUCAUUGAAGAAGUGCUGUUCAGUCAGGCCUUGCUGUAUCGACCGGAACGAAAUAGUAAUUUUUCUUCCCGGUGAACGAUCAAAUUGGUUAAAACCGGGGUAAAUGAAAUAAAAACAAGUAAUCGGCAGGAGUAAUUGUCAUGGCUAUACGGUGGGUGGGCAAGGACUUCCCAUUUGAGCUUUUCUGAAUAAGUUUUUACCGGCUGUGCGACAUGUGCCAUGUUGCAAAAUUACUUCUUCGUGUCUCGGUGUAUUGUGGUCGCAAUGCUCGACUCAAACGUAUCAAUUAAGGGCUGAGGCCAGUGUGUUUUAGGGUGAUUUAGAGGGCUAUUUUCACGCUUCAAAUCUGAUGAUAUCAAAAAACCCAACUGACAAUCUCUUAGAAAAAAAAACCCAAACCCAACUGACAAAUCUCUUAGACGAAUAUCAAAAAACCCAACUGACAAUCUCUUAGAAAAUUAGUUUAGAUUAUUCUGUGAAAAUUGCAGAAUGAUUGUUUGACUUUAGCGGUCGGGAAAGUCUUUUUCCAGAAGGAAGAAUUGCAUAGCUGAAAACGGCAACUUUCAACUUGUUCAUUGAAUAUCUCGCCUUCAAAAGCAUGAAUCAAAAAUCUAUCCUGAUAAUGUCUAGAUUUCUAGAAUUUUAUUUAGAUGCGAUUAGUGCAUAAAAACAUAUAUGUUGUCGCCAUGAAAGUGAAGGGAAAGUUAUUUUGUAAAGGUUAUUCGAUUUCUAUGGCGGCGAAAUUUUAGUUUUUUUUCCCUUCGAAACAUGAGAGAGAAAUAAAAUCGACUCAAAAAGGCUGCCAAACAAGCGGCAGCUUUCUUGGAUUUUAUGUGAUGUAGUCAAACUUGUAACCGAAAAUAUCAAAACUUUCUUGGCCACCCGGCCACAUCGAGAGUCAUUUUAAACAUUUGCCAGAGAGCAUGGAGAGAUAUGGAAUACGCACAGCGAGCCACGUGGUUUUACGCGACCUAGUGUAUUCAGCCCUUAAAGAUGAAUAUUAUACCAUUUUCGUUUAUCGAUCAGAGCAGCCCGAAAACUAACCAAGAGUCCCCUAAACCAUUUUUGUGAUGUUUAUUUUAGCAACCUAGGGUCGUUCUAGAUCGGACUCCAAUCGCGUAGUUUCGCUCUGAAAAUUUUCUCGGGUCGCACCAUGACAUCCAUGCGAGCUUGUUUAUUUUUUCUUUUUUUUAUGAGUUGUUAAGGGCGCGUACCACGUGUUCGUUUUACUCAGAGUCAGAGUCGCCCGCGUGUAGAUUCAAUAACGAAAACGGUAUUAGAAAAGGUCAAGUGCAAAUGACAGUUUCUCUUUGUUUACUUCCUCUUUCGAUUAUUAGAUCCAAUCAACAAUCCUUCUAUCUAAUCUAUGACAUUGUUGAUGGUUUAAACUGACUAAGUUGAUGGUUUAAACUUUCGAUAUGCACUGAAGAAUUUGUUGGAAAUUACUGGAAUUUGUCAAAAUAAUUGAAAAAGAAAGUAAACAAAGUGUAAUGUGACAAAGAAUCAUUUGCACUUGGAACCUUAUCUAAUGUUCAUCGAGAAUUGUCGUCGGUAAAUCUCCCUCGUGAUUCUUUCAUUCGGUUGUAGUAGCUCAUAAUACACCACAUCCAGCAGCAGUCCCACCAUAUCUAGAGCAUAAACUUCAGGUCAUGCAUAUUCAGAGCGACCGUCGAUGACGCUAAAUGACCGGAUAAUCCAUACGUUACUCGACGUUUUGGAUUAUCGCAUUAGACCCGCUUUCCAUCGUUAGUAACAAACAACUUUUCUUUUGUGCCAUUGGAGAACGGUGUUCAAAGUCGCUUUGGUUCAAUUCAUGCGACACCCGAUUGCCUAUUUUUCGGAUCAUCUUCAUUGUUUUUAAUCGUUGGCAAAUGGCUGGCUGAGCAACUCCGAGUGAUUUUGCAAGUUCUUCUUGCGUUCGCCACGGGUCUUGAUCGAUCUUCCUAGUUUAGUGACGCCUAAAUUGUCACUUUUGAACCGUGCAAACCGCAUCUGACACGUUCGCUCAGUUAGGGCAUUCUCCUCAUACACUUUCACCAAAAUACGAUUACUUUCGCUGGCAGUUUUCUUCAUAUUCAAAUAAUAAAAAAGGACUGCCUGAAAAAUUACUUUAUUCUUAACAAAAUUCGUCUUUUUCGUAGAAAAAAAAAACUAUUGUUUACGCUUCAGCAAAAUGACACAUACUGAUUCUAAAACUGUGUGCAUCCGAUAUUAAAUCACGAAAUAGAUCGAUUUCACCUCAAAAAUAUUCAAACCACUCACCUUUUCGAUUGCUGCUCUUCAAUUUAUGAAACUAUAAAAAAGUCAGAAAAAACGUUUGUGUUGAUUUUCACGUAAUUAAAAUUUGUUUUGAACUCAGCAAAAAGUACAAGCGUUUGUUUGCUUCGGUAUUCGGCACAAAAAAAAACGUGCUACUAUUACAUACACAUGACAUUUGUCGGAAUGACGAUAUCUGCUUUCUGUCAAAAGUUGCGGUGGGGUACCGGCAACCGAAAAUAAAAUUUUAUUGUAUUUUCUCAAUAAAAUGAACUGUAUUUUUCGGGUCAGGGUCAUUUUGCAGAAAGCCAUUUCGUCGAAAGAGUCAUUUCACCGUAUGGGCCAUUUCGCCCUUCAAUUGUCUUAAAAUGGUAAUUGGAAUUGAUUUAAAAUAAAGACAAAUACAAGAUGACAGCGUUAAGGCCCGUUUUGUUGAUCUACAAUUAUAAUUCUGAAAUAUCUCAUUUUUAAAAUAACGGAUAAAUUCAUUUACCCGCGUUUAAUCCAGAAAAACGGCGAGUUGGCGGCCAACUAAGCCGGCAUCGCCACGACGACUUUGGGUCGCCGAGCAAUCUUGGAUUCGGUUAUUUGGCUAUGCCAGGAGCGUUUUAGGGCUGAGGUCAGUAUGUCCCGUAUAAGUUUUGAAUCAACCACGUGUCUCGCUCUUCGUAUUACAUUUCUCUCCAUGCUCUCUCUCGCAUAUGUGUAAAAUGACUCUCGAUGGGCCGGGUGGCCAGAAAAGUUUCGAUUAUUUCGGUUACAAGUUUGACUACAUCAAUCGGUCGAACGGGAUUGAUAUAAAUAUAAGCAUAAAAUGUGUCUGCAUCCAAUACCGCUUGUUUGGCAGCCUUGUUGGGCCGAUUUCAUUUAUCUCUCAUUUUUCGUUACGUUAUCAGGAAACUGGAGCAGAAAAAAUGGCGCGUGCAUAGAAAUUGACUUACCUUCACAAAAAUAACAUUCACUUCAUUUUUAUCGCGACAACAUAUAUGUUUUUAUGCACUAAUUCUAAAUUAACACGUUGACUGCCAACUACGAGAUAACUCGUAUAUUCCGUUCUUUGCUAGGACGCCGACUACGAGUUAUCUCGUACUGUGUUUACUUGCCAUUGUCGCGUAGCUACGCUUAAACUCGUAGCAUAUCAGUGCUAAUAUGGAUAUAUGGCUUCUGGGAAGAGAACAAAAAAUCAAUGUUGGUGACAUGAACAGAAAUUUUAUUAAUAAUAUAAUUAUAGUCUUUAAUAAUAUAAAAUGAUUAAAUGGAAUUGGCUUUUUAGACCGGAAUUUUGAGAAUGGUCGUGGCAGUCAACGUGUUAAAUUAUCUAGACAUUGUCAGGAUAGACUUUUGAUCCAUGCUUUUGAAGGCGAGAUAUUCAAUGAACAAGUUGAAAGACGACGUUUUCAGUUAUGCAAUUCUUCCUUCAGACAGCUAAAGUCAAUGAAUCAUUCUGAAAUUUUCACAGAAUAAUCUAAACUAAUUUUCUAAAAGAUUGUCAGUUGGGUUUUUUGAUAUUCAUCACUGUUUCUGAGAAAAUCAGAUGAAAAUAGUCCUCUGAAACACCCUAAAACACACUGGCCUCAGACCUUAAAACAAAACAAAAAUAGUGUGAUGUAUUCUAAAUUACCCUUUCGACAAAAUUAUCCUUCCGGUGAAACUACUUUCGGCGAAAUGACCUUUUCGGUUAAAUGACUUUCGAAGUAAUGGCAAUUCGGUGAAAUAGCUUUCGGCGAAAUGACUCGCUUCCGUAUUCUUCAUAUCGAAAAAUUAAUACAGAAUUUUAAAUCUUCAACGCAUCGAGUUUCGAUUUGCGACAAUACAAAACGUCAGAAAAAAAAACAAUGGAAACACGUAGCGAAUAUAAAUACACUGAGGUUUUUUUUAUGCGGUUUUUUACGCGACUUUUUUAUGCGAAUUUUCAGAGUUAUGCGGUUUUUUUAUGCGAAUUUUCAGAGUUAUGCGUUUUUUAUGCGAAUUUUCAGAGUUAUGCGGUUUUUUUCUCUCCUUUUCAUAAUGUUUUUUUUUUCAUUAUUCAUUUUUGUUCAGAGUGCGUCACAACAAUUUUGCUAAGGAGGCCGGGUAUAGCGUGAUGGGUUGAACGAUGCCUUUCACGCAGCCCAUCUGGGUUCGAUCCCCAACUCCGCGCACAUAGGGUCAGAUAGCUUUUCUAGCCCGAAGAGGCGAACAACCUUAAGAUUAACACCUCUAUAAUCGAAACAAAAAAAAAUUGCUAAAUUUUGUUGAUUUAAAACAAAAGAAAAUUGUUUUCACAAAAAAAAACAAAAAAUACAUCAAAUUAAAAUCAUCGUCGAACAGAUCCGUUUCUUAGAAAAAAAAACUGAUUUUUUAACGUAAACAUUUUUCGAUGAUUAAUUCGUUCAUUUUGUUAGUUUAUUUUGAACUUAAAAUAAAAGGGAAAUAAAACAAACUUGAGUUUAUGAAAAUAAAUUAUCUGAUAUUUAUUUAUUAACAAUUUUUCAAAUUUUGGGACUUAGAAAAAAUAGUCCCAGAAAUUGAUUUUUUCAAAAAUUUUUUUUUUCGAGAUGCACUAAAUUUCGAUGUUUCAUGCAGUUUUAAGAGUUUCGGCAUAAAAAAAAUUUCGAUUUUGGAAAUUUCAUGUACUCCCCCCUAUGGUGCUUUUUCAAAAUCGAAAAUAUCAAACCUUUACCACCGGCCAGCACCCCUUACGCAUGUCCGAUUUAGGUCAAAUUUUGCAUGAAGGCUUUUUUCGAGGUGCUUAAACUUUUGAGCACUAGAGCUUAACGAAAAUAGAGGUGAUCCCAAAAUUUUAGCACCCUUUUAUAUAUAAGAGCGAUAAAAAUCAACGUGUUUUGUCGGGUACGUCACUUUUACAAUCAUAUCUCCGGAACCAAAAGUCACAGCCAUUUGAUCUUCGAACUUGAUCAAUGGCCCGACAGUAGCUUUCAAACGAGCCCAAGUUUGUUCGAAUCGGUUCAGCCAUCUCUGAGAAAAUUGAGCGCGUUCAAAUAUCUUCGAAAAGUGCACACACAUACACACAUACACACACACACACAGCCAUUUUCCGAUCUCGUCGAACUGAGUCGAAUGGUAUAUAACACUAUGGGUCUCCGAGGCUCCGUUCGAAAGUAGGUUUUUCCAGCAAUUCUAAUACCUUUCUAUAGAGAAAGGCAAAAACUGAUGUUUAAACGCAAACAUUUUUCGAUGAUUAAUUCGUUCAUUUUGUUAGUUUAUUUGGAACUUAAAAUAAAAGGGAAAUAAAACAAACUUGAGUUUAUGAAAAUAAAUUAUCUGAUAUUUAUUUAUUAACAAUUUUUCAAAAUCGAUGUACUGUUUUUUUUUUCAUUCUUACGCAAAAUGUACUGUUUUUUCGUAAAAAAAAACUAUACCAGCGUUAGUUAUGAUUCACUACAAAGCAAAAUAAAUAAUUCUUUAUCGUCGUUUGAUCCACAAUCCAAAUUCGGAAUUUUCUGAACCUAGGGUCCUAGGCAUUAUGAAAAUAUCAAAUGUAUCGUAUUUCUUAUGAACGUAUCAAUGGAUAGUUGGUUUCGGCUUACUAACAAAAUUCAAACCCCUUUUUUCCUAGCAAUGGGUUCAAUCGACCAGAGCGCCAUUGAAGUGUUGAAGGGGUUAUACAUAAAUUACAUAUUGGCUCAGAAACGACAAAACAAAUGGAACUGGAAUCAUUGUUUCAAAGCGGAAAAAAUGUACGAGCAAUAAACUGAAACUGAUAUCAAGUUCAUCGUAAAACGUGUUGGAUGUUACUGAAAGUUUGAUAAAAAAAAACAGCAUCUUUUGUUCAUAUUCAAGUGUAAGUAGUAUAACCUAGUAAAAUUUUUAAAACUGACUUGGAUGAGUCGAACAAAAUUAGUGGAACUGGAUGGCCAAGCAAAACCGGAAUCGACGAUAGAAAAUACGGUUCGUACAUCAAUCACGUGACGCGCUGUUGAUUGAAAUAGCUUAUGUAGUUGUUAAGCCUAGUGAAAAACUCCGAGCAUACUACGUAAAGGGCCUUAUAUUUUUCUCAAAAAAUCCACAAUUGGAACAAUAAUCCAACUUCAACAGCUGCGUACGUGUGUGAACUGUAGGCAAAUAUACAUUUUUUGUAGAAAUCAACACUUGGUUUAUUUUCCUAGAAAAAAAAGCUAUACACCGAUAGAAAAAACAGAGAGAGAGAGCGGAUAGAACCAUUAUCACUCAAUUAUUGGAGUACUACAGUACCGACACAAGAAAGUACGUUUGCAAAACUUUGACGUCCAUUAAAAGGUAAAUAAUUGUGGAUAGAAUCUAGUGUUAAGUGAAACAAAAACAACAACAACAACAACAAAAUAUACUAAAUGUAGUUCCAAUUGCAUAAUGCAACCAAUGCCAAAAUAUUCUUCCCAGCAGUAUCUACCUAUUCUACCUGCGCAUUAUCAGUCUAUUCAAUCAUCGAUUCAAUCGUCUUCCCCGCAAUUUUACGCGGGACGUUGUAACAACCUGUAUUAAAGGAGACCAUUUCUUCCACACAUCAAAUGCCAACAUUAUUGUCCUAUGAGAUAGUCGUGAUCCUCCUCAGAACACGAGCCACAAACUUUAGCGAUAGUUUUCCAACUCAGUAUUCUAAGUUACUGCAGAUCAAACAGAGACAGCCAACACAACACGCCACGGCUGCUGGAUGAUUUUAUAACCCUUUUUUGGUUUCAUAAAACCUGCGAACGGUUAUUCAAUCAACUGCAACAUGGUAACCAGAAGCACACAACUUACAUGGUCACUAGUUCUGUCAACGAGUUCUUAAAAAACCUUUGACACAGUUAAGCAACAAGUCACUAACAGCCUAACAGCUUUUCAUGCAAAUAUUUUCGUGUUCUAAAAUGAACCAUUCAGUAUCUUACCCUCCCCCAUUAUCGUAUCUAUCGUAGUCGAUAAGUUCAGAUUGUAACUAACCUUAAUUCACCUAUUUUAUCGUAUUUUCAUAGUUUCAAACAAGAGUAUACUUUACCAUGUGUUGAUUACCAACAAUGAUUUAAAAUAAAUGGGCAUGAUUGCAAUACUAGCUCCUACUGUGUUACUUUACGACAUAAUUACUGUAGACUACCGUUUCUUCAUCAGUUGAGGACUACUCUAGAAGACAAGUAUGUUUAUUGCUUAAUGCUUACAAGAAUCGAGAUUAGGCGUGUUUAGGGAGUACGAACUUUGUUUUAGCAUUAGCAUCAUAAGCAUCGGAACUUUGGCUUGGCAAAGUUAAACAAAACUUUUGUAGAAAAAAAAACAAAAUAUUUUAGUUUUCUGUCGCCCCAAACCGCGUUAGUUAAAUAUUUAUUUCGCUUUGUCACAGCUUCGGCAGCUGCUAUGGAGCGAGAGUAGAGCAGCAAAGAACACAAAAAUCUACCACAAACUGAAAAAUAAACUUACAUUAAAAACAAUUUAGCUUCUAAGCAUCUAUCGAAGC